AUGGAGAAAUGGAAUGGAAAAGUGGCCCUGGUUACUGGCGCUAGUGCGGGCAUCGGACAGGAUGUGGCCCUUGCUCUAGCCAACUCCGGUAUGAUCGUCGUCGGAAUAGCUCGGCGUGCCGAGCUGAUCACAGUGCUCUCUACGAAAGUAACCGGCACGGGUAAGAUCUACGGCAAAAAGUGUGACGUGAGCAAUGAGACAGAAAUCAUGGAAACGCUAAACUGGAUACGCCGUGAGUUUGGCGGUGUGGACGUACUGAUCAAUAACGCCGGCAUCUAUCGUUACAAAUUUAUCACGCAGAGUGAAACAUCCGAUUUUCGGGACACGUUCAACGUGAACGUGUUGGCGACAUGUAUUAUCAUCCGCGAGGUAGUGAAGGACAUGCAGGCCCGAGAAGCGUACGGUCACAUCGUUGUGCUGAACAGCAUGUUGGGACAGCGCAUUCCGGACGUGUCAGUGCCACUGUUUGGAGUGUAUCCUGCAUCCAAGUAUGCGCUGGUUGGACUGACGGAAGUUUUACGACAAGAACUGAACUUCUUGAAGAUGCCCAUCAAAGUAACGAGUGUCCAUCCGGGCAUGGUGGAAACGGACAUGAUCAAGGUGUUUGAGUCAGCGCUAGCGGAACGGCUGCCAAAGCUGCAGGCCAAGGAUAUUACCGCCAGCAUCAUUCACUGCCUUGAGACACCUCCAGAAGUUCGUAUUGAUGAAAUAACCGUAAUGCCAACUAUGAAAUGA